AUGCGUGCCAAAGACCUGCCCAGCGGAGCCUCGGCUGAUGACGCCUCCAUUCCACUCACGCGCAUACAGCAAGCCUACAUCAUCGGUCGAAGCGUUUCGCUGAACAAUCUCUCUGCCGUGCCAUGCCAAAUCUACCAGCAGCUGGAAUUGCGCACCCCAGACAUUCGAGGAUUGGGCGCUGCUCCUUUUCAAAAUGCGCAAGAGAUGCUCAUUGCUCGUCACGAGGCGCUUCGAACGAAGAUCGAUGUGGAGAGUAUGCGACAGCGUAUCCUUGCCGUCGACGCCGUCGUUCCUCCCAACAUCGGCUACUCUGACUUGUGCGACCUCUGCCCGGCAUCGCAAGACCAAGCUCUAAAAGUCACUCGACGAAGGAUGCAACACAAAGUCUUCCCGCUGGACACGGCGCCCAUGUUCGAGGCUCACCUGGACGUCAUCAAUCAAGACAAAGCAGUGCUACACGUUUGUGCCGAUCUUAUCAUUCUCGACUUCGUUUCCCUUGCGAUACUGCUGGAAGAGUUGACCCACCUGUUGAGGGGCAGAACUGACCGCCUGGCCCCGAAUCCGCCCAGCCUGCGCGAGUGCAUGGUAGCGGUGACGAAGCCCGCUGCGCGCUGCAUUCUGCACAGACGCCAGCCAGAACUGGAAGAGCUUGACUCGACACCUCACUCUUCGCCAGUCUUGCCCCGGCGAGAGAAGACCGUGGUGCUAGAGACAAAAGCCGACUUUUGCCGCCUUCAACAAUACUGGUCCGCGGAGCAAUUCGACGAGCUGAAAUCGACGUGUCGUAAGCAUGGAGCACGACCCUCCGCUGCUCUCAUCGGCGUGUACGCUUCGAUCUUGCAACGCUGGAAAGGCACGUUCGAAGCCUUUUCGAUCGGUCUGACCACGUCCAUGCGUGACAUGUUGCCAUUAGAAGCGAGAGAGACCGUCGUCGGCAACUUCACCAGCUCUGUGAGCGUAUCAGUGGAGCCAAGUGCUGGGCAGUCCUUUAGCGCGCUCGUGCAGGCUAUCUCGAAGGAUCUCGAGCGGCUUUCGAGCAGAGAGGACAAAUGUGCCUCCGCAUACCCUUCGUCUGCCCCUGCAUACAUCUUCACAGGUCUCCUCGGCUCGACAAGAGGUUCGCAAAGAAUGCCCAUGGGGCUCGGAGCUCGCUCGCAGCAAGGCUACAGCUCCACCCCAGGCGUCGUCAUCGAUUUUCAAGCCAUUCGAAAUCCGACGGACGGUGGAGUGCUCCUGCGCUGGGACGUGCGUCGAGAAGCUCAUCCCGAGGGUAUGCUGGAGGGUAUGUUCGAGGCCUUUGUGGGAGCUGCGGCGAGCAUUCUGAGCGGUGACGCUUGGGCUCGACCAUUAGAGAUCGACAUCGAGGCCCAACUUUUCACGAGACGCCAAGCGAACAAGACAGCAGCUGACCUGUCUUUGCCCAUUAAAAUCGAAAACGCCUUUCUGCAAUACGCGCUCGCUGAUCCGGAGCGUAUCGCCGUCGAAGAGUUCGAGGGCGAAAGUGUCUCCUACGGUCAAUUGAGGAGCGCUGCUGAGCGCAUUGCAUCCCACGUUCGCCUGCUCGUGCUCAAGCGUCCAGACCAAAAAGCUCGCGUGGGUCUGCUUAUGGGCAGAAGCUGGCGCCAAGCCGCUGCAGUGUAUGGUUGCCUCCACGCAGGAGCCAGCUUCGUUCCUCUGAGCACAGCCUGGCCCGACAGACGCCUGAAGCACGUCUUGGACGAUGCGCGCGCAUUAGCCGUCAUCAUGCACGGCUCAUUCGACAGAACACGCGUGGAGAGUGUCCUGGGUGGGCGGGAAUGGUUGUCGGUGGAGCACAUGCUUUCUCAGCCACCUUCUACGGAGCUUUCGAACGACGUUUCUGGUCAGCGGCUCGACCAGACCGAUGAGGCUUACAUCCUUUAUACAAGCGGCUCUACUGGUCUACCAAAAGGCGUCGUGCUCUCACAUCGAGCGGUGCUAAACACAUGCUACGACGUGUUUAAGCGCUGCGAGAUCGGCGCGAAAGAUGCCGUGCUGGCUGUUGCCGAUUUGACUUUCGAUCUGAGCAUCUUCGAUCUGUCGAUUUUGUGCAUCGGGGCAAAGCUAAUCAUGCUGCCUGAAAAAAUUUGCCGCGAUCCUCAAUGCUGGGGACGUGCCGUGACGGAUCAUGGCGUCACCGUAUGGAACAGCGUGCCCUCUGCUGUCCAGAUGCUCCUGCUGGACAAGAGCAAUCAAGCAGCCGUCCAAAAGCUGAGGGUCUGCUUGCUGAGCGGCGAUGUAGUUCAGACUUCCCUACUUUGCAGACUGCGAUCCGUAAGCGAGGAUCUCGACAUAUGGACACUGGGCGGAGCAACGGAAGCGGCCAUCUGGUCCAUUGCGCAGCCGUGUGGCACCGCUGCAGAUGCUAGCAGUCUCGUACGGGUGCCUUAUGGAGUGCCCUUGUCCAAUCAAAGAUGGUACUGCGUCCAGAGCAUCGAUCCUUGGAUCGAAUCGCCCACCUGGGUGACAGGUGAGCUGCUCAUUGCCGGAGACGGCCUAGCACAAGGCUACACGGACGAGCAAGAGACGCGCAAAAAGUUUGUGCAGCACCCUUCGACCGACGAGCGUCUGUUUUGCACAGGCGAUCUUGGUCGAUACUUGCCGAACGGCCAACUAGAAAUUUUUGGAAGAAGAGACGACCAGAUCAAGACGGACGGUGGACGACGAGUGUCGAUGGGCGAGAUCGAAUACGCUUUGAUUUGCUGUAAAGGCGUCGAAGCAGCGGUCGCAGUGCAGCUUGACUCUCGAGCCUUGGCUGUCUGUGUAGUGUUCAGCAACGCUUGCCAGGAGAAAGAGAGCAAGAGCUUGCCACGCUCAAAGUGCUCGGACCUCUCUGUUUGCGAGCCGAUGCAGAGGUCGUACCUGCAAGAAGCGUGCAAAGCGCUUCUGCCCGCAUACAUGCUUCCUCGACACUUUUUCAGCGCUCUGAGUUUCCCAGUGACUGCGAACGGCAAGAUAGAUCGUAGAGCAGUAAAGCAGGCCACUGAAGCCUUGUUGAAGAGCAACGCGUCCGGCUUGAGCCCAAAAGAAGAGCAGCAGGGAAAAGACACGAUGGACAUCGAAUCUCUAGUCAUUUGCAGCUUUGCUCGCAUUCUCGGCCUGAACAAGCAGCAAGUCGCGGCCACUUCUGACUUUUUCGAGCUUGGCGGAUCGAGCAUGCAAGCGGUUCAGGUUGUUCUGGAUUUGCAAAGAUCGUACACUCUGCGAGCGGACUAUGCGGAUCUGUUUCAGGCUUCCAGCUGUUACGUGUAUGCGCUGACGCUCCAACCGACGCGCUGUGGAUGAACAGAACCCGACUGCAAGACACAUCGCAUCUCGUUGUUCGCCUCUCUCUGUACGAGGUGCAUGAGCGAAUGCCAUGCAGCUCCUUCUCUGAGCGCUAAGCUCGCUGGGCAAGCCUGCAAAUGCCAAUGAGACCCCACUGCAUGCUGCUACGAGUAAGAGUCGGCCAACAACGAAUGUAAAAAUCGAUGCGCCCGCUUCUUUCGUUCCUCGUCAUGUUCUUUUGCUCUCUCGUCCUGAAGCCAGAGAUUGAAUUGCCAGUGGCCGAUGUGUUCACGCAUCAUGGCAGAUACUUGAUCACUUGAACCGGAUUGCUUGAUUCGGUUGGACUGAAUGGGUUGUU